UCUCUCAGUCAGUAGGCUUAGAGCAGGACCCCCUGGUGGAGGUGGGCCGAGGAGGGAAGGGCCCUGGGGGCUGGCUGUGAAGGCCCCCACCCUGAGAAACCCCCCAGGGCCUCCGGGAUAGGCCCAGAGGGUGGCUGGCUGCCUGAAGAUCGGAGGGCCCCCUCUGCUCCCCCUGCCUCAGGAGAAGGAGCCCCCACCCUGCCCGCCGGUGAGGGGGGUGAGAGCUGCUGACGAGGAAGAAACCCACCUGUGUGGGGCGGGGAGAGUGGAGGACUGGAGGGAGCCGGCUUCAGGACACAUGAGGGACUCUCGGACCCGUGUCCGGGCCUCCUGAGCUGCCAAAGACCUGUCAUAUUGGGGGGCCGGGUCUGAAGGGUCGGGGGUGCCUCCUGCGUCACCGAGCCCCGUUCCACCAUUAUAACCAUGGGAAAGCAGAGUAAGAAACGGACGCCAUCACCUCCUGGGCUCGGGCGCUCCUGAGCGGGACGGAAGGAGAGACCCCUGGGGUGCCCCUUGUCCAGAACGGCCCGGCUGCCGCCGCCUGCGCACCAUGAAGUAGGCUCCAGCUCCUGCAGCCGGCCCACGGGAGGGGCCGGGACCAUCCUCGGCCUGGAAGAGAGGGGACCGGCCCCGGGCCGGGAGCCAGCUGACAUCUCCUCGGGGGCCAUGGACGCUGUCCAGCUGAGACCCGCAGGCCAACCCCAGGUGGAAGAAGGGGGGCAGCCGUCCUCCGUGAGCAGCUCGUGGAAAAGCGCGUCCCCCUGCAAAGGCAAGAGGGACUCCCAGCUGCCGGAGCCUCCCUGCGGGGAGGGCGGCCGAGGGGAGGAGGCCCACCCCCCGAGCCCCCUGGACGUCUCCCGCCUGCGCAGCUCCUCCGUGGAGAUCCGCGAGAAGGGCUCGGAGUUCCUGAAGGAAGAGCUCCGGAAGGCUCAGAAGGAACUGAAGCUGAAAGAUGAAGAGUGCGAAAGGUUGUCGAAGGUCCGGGAGCAGCUGGAGCAGGAGCUGGAGGAGCUGACGGCCAGCCUGUUUGAGGAAGCUCACAAGAUGGUGAGGGAAGCAAAUACAAAGCAAGCGGCAUCAGAAAAGCAGCUGAUGGAGGCUCGAGGGAAGAUUGACAUGCUGCAGGCGGAGGUGACGGCCCUGAAGGCCCUGGUGAUCACUUCCACCCCGUCCUCGCCCAACCGAGAGCUGCACCCCCAGCUCCUGAGCCCGUCCAAGGCCGUGUUCCGGAAGGGACACGCUCGCAACAAGAGCACCAGCGGCGCCCUCUGCCCGGCCGUCUGCCCGGCCACCGGCCACAGCAUCUCCUUGGAGCCCGUGGGCCACGAGUGCAAAGAGCCUGAGGUGCCCACUCUCCUCUCCUUACUGCUGUGCAUUGUCCCGGGGAAAGCCAUCCACAUCACUUAUGAGCCAGGCUGGCAGACCCUGAACUCGGAGUCUUCUUCCUUCUCCUCUUCCUCCUCCUCCUCCUCCUCUUCCUCUUCCUCCUCCUCUUGGCAGGUGGACACCAUCCUGUUUACCGAGUUCCAGGCCUGGAAGGAGGCCCCCACCCUGGACAAGAGCUGCCCCUUCCUGGAGAGGAUCUACCGAGAAGAUGUGGGCCCUUGCUUAAACUUCACCAAACAAGAGCUUUCAGAGCUGGUGCGGGCGGCCGUGGAGGAGAACACCCUGACCAUCGAGCCCGUGGCCUCCCAGGCCCUCCCUGUGGUGAAGGUGUCUGCGAUCGAGUGCGGCGGGCCCAAUGGCUUCCGGGCCCAGAUCAUGACGAAGUGCGCGCUCAGCGGCUUGUCGAGGACCUGCCGGCACCGCAUCAGGCUGGGAGAUUCUGAGAAUUAUUACUACAUCUCGCCAUCCUGCAGGGCCAGGAUCACGGCCGUCUGUAACUUCUUCACCUACAUUCGCUACAUCCAGCAGGGUCUGGUGCGGCAGGACGUGGAACUGAUCUUCUGGGAGAUCAUGAGGCUUCGGAAGGAGAUGUCCUUGGCCAAGCUGGGCUUCUACCCGAACGAGGUCUAGUGCCGAGGUCGCGGCUCCAGGACGCGGAUGGACGUUGCAUUAGGGGAGAGGGCCGCCGGGCUGGGGGCUGCUCUGAUUGAGGCAGAAGGACAUGAUGGGUGGGUCUCCGGCCUCUGAAGGGUUCACCCCGGAGGGCUGCCACCAGCAAGGAGACCCUGGAGAAAACCCUGCAGGGAGGAGGGGCGCAGAGCGGAGCUGAUCCUUCAGGCUGGAUCUCGGGCUCCGGGGCCCGGGCUCCACAAGGAGCCGUUUCGGGGCCUCUGUUGCUUCCGCCGACCGAUGCAGUGAAUUUUCCAAAAGAAGAAAAAAAAAAAUCUGAUCAACAAGAACAAA